AUGACAGGAAACCUCCACAGGUGUCGCCUCUUCUCCUUCAGGCAACACCGAGGGCUUGAAAUCCCCACGCGUCCCAGUAAAAGUCUAGUGCGCAGACUCGUGGAGGCGGCGCUCAUUGGUCAAAGGUGCAUUUCUCCACUGUGGAAGUUGGUCGCACUCAUCGCAGUUCAGUGACGUGGAGAGUUACGGACGUCUAAAAACUUCAGAAACUAUGAGAAGAGUUGUCACCGCACCUUGGGACGAGUUACGUUAGCGGACGUUUUUCCGACCGACGGUCACGGUUUCUUCCUCAACUUUGAUGAACCGAGUUUUUCAUCCAAUAACACGGAGCGCACACCGGCUAGCCGAUUAGCGAGCUAACAGGAACGGUCCCCGCUGCGUCGAUAGAUAUCUGAAGUCAUUGUUAUGCCACGCCAACGUUGUUUUAUCGUCUGAGGCGAGCCAUGAAGAGCACCGAGACAGACUUGACUGGCUGCCAUUGACGUGCACUACACGGAAACUCCACCGGUUAGCUUGCUAACAUUAGCCCACAGCUCCGAGGAGGGAGAUCCAGAGCCAGCUGUCAAGAUGAGCUCUCUGCUCCGAGGUGAAGAGAUGUGUCUGGCCCAGCUCUUCCUGCAGUCUGGCUCCGCUUACGACUGCAUCAAUGAACUUGGAGAACUUGGGCUAGUGGAGUUCAGAGACCUCAAUCCCAAUGUCAACGCAUUCCAGCGAAAACAUGUGAAUGAGAUCAAAAAAUGCGAGGAGAUGGAGAGGAUCUUGGGAUACCUUCUGAGGGAAAUCAAGAGAGCCGAUAUUUCACUGCCGGACAUGGACGUGAACCCGGUGGCCCCUUUACCCAAGCAUGUCAUGUCUAUAAUGGAGCAGCUGCAGAGGCUAGAGGUGGAAUUAGGCGAAGUCACCAGGAACAAAGAGAAGCUGCAGAAGAAUCUCCUGGAGCUGACGGAGUACACACACAUGCUACGAAUCUCCCGCAACUUCGUGCAGAGAAACGCUGAGCGAGAGCCUCUACAAGUCCAGUACGAGGAGUUUCCCUUCCUAGAAAAAGACACGGUGAUGGACUACAGCAGCAUGCAGAGGCUCGGAGCCAAACUGGGUUUCAUUUCUGGGCUUAUUCAGAGGGUGAAGAUCGAGGCCUUUGAGCGGAUGCUCUGGAGAGUAUGUAAAGGCUACACCAUCCUCAGCUACGCAGAGGUCGAGGAGUAUCUGGAGGAUCCUGACACUGGUGAACCUACCAAAAGUGUGGUGUUCCUCAUCUCUUACUGGGGAGACCAGAUUGGCCAGAAAGUGAAGAAGAUCUGUGACUGCUACCACUGCCACUUGUAUCCAUAUCCCAGUAGCAAUGAGGAGAGGAACGACGUGGUGGAAGGGCUAAGAACGCGCAUUCAGGACCUCCACACGGUCCUCCACAGGACAGAAGACUACCUGAGACAAGUCCUGAUAAAGGCUUCAGAAUCGGUGUACACCUGGGUCAUCCAGGUCAAGAAAAUGAAGGCCAUCUACUACAUCCUCAACCUGUGCAGCUUCGACGUGACUAAUAAGUGUCUGAUCGCGGAGGUGUGGUGUCCUGUCAGUGACAUUCCCACGCUGCGGAGAGCCUUGGAAGAAGGAUCGAGAAAAAGUGGAGCAACAGUUCCCUCCUUCGUCAAUCGUAUCCCCACCACCGACACUCCCCCCACCCUGAUAAGGACCAACAAAUUUACCUCUGGCUUCCAGAACAUCGUGGAUGCUUAUGGAGUGGGAACUUACAGGGAGGUAAACCCUGCUCCGUUCACAAUCAUAACUUUUCCGUUCCUGUUCGCUGUGAUGUUUGGGGACCUCGGUCACGGCACCCUCAUGGCUCUGUUUGCCUUCUGGAUGGUUUUCUACGAGAACAACCGCAAACUUAAAAACACAAGGAAUGAGAUCUGGAACACAUUCUUUGAGGGGCGUUAUAUAAUUCUUUUGAUGGGCCUGUUCUCCAUCUACACUGGCCUGAUAUACAAUGACUGCUUCUCAAAGUCUCUAAACAUCUUUGGCUCUGGGUGGAGCGUGAAGGCCAUGUUUGUAGCAAAGGAGUGGAAGAUGGAGGAUGUCCGUGGGAAUAGAUUACUUACGCUGAAUCCAAACACUACAGGAGUUUUCAAAGGGCCGUACCCUCUGGGAAUUGACCCAAUUUGGAACUUGGCCUCCAACCGCCUGACAUUUCUGAACUCCUAUAAGAUGAAGAUGUCAGUGAUAUUGGGCAUCAUACACAUGACCUUUGGCGUCGUCCUCAGUACUUACAAUCACCUACACUUUAGGAGGAAGUACAACCUGUACUUGAUAUUUAUUCCCGAGCUCCUGUUCCUGUUGUGUCUGUUUGGUUACCUGGUGUUCAUGAUAUUCUACAAGUGGCUGGUCUUCUCUGCCAAGGACUCCAGACUGGCUCCAAGCAUCCUCAUCCAUUUCAUAAACAUGUUCCUCAUGCAGGGUGAUGGAGUGCAGCCCCUCUACCCAGGACAGACUGGCCUGCAGGUGUUUCUCGUGAUCAUUGCUCUUCUCUCCGUGCCUGUUUUACUCCUGGGGAAACCAGUUUACCUUUAUUGGCUCAAGAAUGGAAGCCACCGCCUGGGAAUGUACAGGGGAUAUGAACGUGUGCGACGAAACAGUGAAGAGGAGCUUUACCUGAUGAGGGCUCAUGACAUGGAGGAGGGCAGCAGUCACAGUGAUCUCUCCAGUAGCGGAGAGCACACAGAUGAGCUCAACUUUGGAGAUGAGUUCCUUCAUCAGGCUAUUCACACGAUAGAGUAUUGCCUGGGCUGCAUCUCCAACACAGCCUCCUACUUAAGACUCUGGGCUCUGAGUCUGGCACAUGCCCAGCUGUCUGACGUGUUGUGGGCCAUGGUGAUGCGAGUAGGGCUGAAAAUGGGCACCAGACUCGGGGUUUUAUUCCUGGUCCCCGUGUUUGGCCUGUUUGCCGUUCUCACUGUGUCCAUACUCCUGGUAAUGGAGGGCUUGUCUGCAUUCCUUCACGCCCUCCGGUUACACUGGGUGGAGUUUCAGAAUAAAUUCUACAGUGGGACUGGAAUCAAGUUCAGUCCCUUUUCUUUCUCUCUCCUGCCCUCCAGCUUUGAGCAUGAUGGCUUACUGUGAAAGGACUAUCUGGAAAUACUGGGGGUGGGAAACUGAGCCUAAACAAGCCAGCCUUAUGGUCUAUUAAGACUUAUUCAUGAGGUGAUUGUAAUGUUUAUUUUCAUCUUUUAACAGAUUGUCAUGUAAAGAAAUCGUAUGGUGACUUUCACAAUCUUUGAACUGAAACACGGUGCAACAGGACAGAGGGGUUUCUCAGAAUUAAUCUUUCUUUAUUUAACAAAGGGUGUUUUUUGCGCCAUUAUCAUUAUGCUUCACUGGAGAACACUGGAGAACCAACAGAUGUUUUCUCUAACAAGUCUUUGAUGUCUUUUUUUUUUGCGGGGAACCACAUCCGCCAAGGGUAGAAUAAAUAUAAAUAAAUGUAACUUGUAUAUGGUUUUAAAAUUUAGACACGAUAAAGAAUAAUGAAAUUGAUGCUCUUCUAAAAUUACAAAACAGUAAAUUAGUUGAUCUUUUUCUGGGAUUCUUGAAAUAAAACGUAAAAUAACUUCAUUUAAGAAGAAAUAUAAUUAUAUUUUGUUUCUCGUUUUCUUUUCAUCUGUUGCAAAUAUUUUGGGGUCAUAAUUGUGGGCCACCUUUCAGUUUUAACAGUUCUCGCUCCACUUUUUGUUGCACUGACUGCCUUACAGAAUUCCAACCACGUGACGACACACUGUCUCUGGUGUCCCUGCUGUAUUUAACGCUACCAAAACGCAACAAAGGAUCUUUUAACUUUUCAGUCGGGUGCGUGAUGAGAUGUACAUACUUUUACAGAGUGACUUUUUUUUAAUUUAUUUAAAAAUGUUGUGUGAGAAUUCCAGGUGAAUGUUAAGGGGAUACGACGUUUACUCGUAUCCGUUCACAGCGUUGCCUUUGCACCUGCCACUUACCGUACGGUGGAACAUUCCAAGCACGGGAAAAUUUUAAAUCAUUUGUUGACUUUGCUGGUUGGGACUUUCAAUGAGCCUGUGUACAGCGACUGGGUUGUUUUAAAUCAUACAUCAUAAUGGGAGAGUGACGUGCUGAUGACGGGCACUAGUGCUGGCUAAUGUUGUGAAUUUGCUAGUACUUUUUAUUUCAUUUUUUUUUAAAGAGAUGAAUUACUGUCGUGUGUACUUUUCUGUGGCAGCACACUUUGCUGCUAGAAGAUACUGCCACACAUUUCUCAAGGUUGAGACCUUUCCUCAAGUUUUAGCACAUCAUCAGUAAGUUCUCAAAUAGUGCUAGUGGUAGCAGCAGUCACUGUUUUUUUUUUUUUAUAAGGACAAUGGUGUUUCAUUGGUAAAUAUUAGCAAGUUAAACGAUUGCUUUCAGGCGUAUAGUAACUUCCUCUGAUGCAGUCCUAAAUGUCAUUCAUUUAGGCAUCUUGUACUCUCUCUGGCAAACACUCCACGCUCCAGUUCUUUAAGGCAAAUUGUUUGUUCAUCUCCACUGUCAAUAUUAAACAAUUUGUUUGGAGUCUUUCCUCCUUCAAACCCAUAAA